CAGUGUAACUAUUAAUAGACAGCAGGUCGCUAACUGACGUGCUUCUCCUAAUUACAGUUCUUUUAACUACUGAAAUUCUUUAAUUUGAAUUAGCUGUAUUGAGUUAUGUAGUUGUGAAGAUAAGAUAAAGCGAAGUAACAUGUACUGGGCCUUCUGAUAACACAGCCGACGUAAUUGAGUCCUGUCAAUACUUGACGAUAUGCUCUCUUAUGCGGUUAUACCUAAGUGUUUAUAUAGUUCAGAAUAUAUUGGAAUAUUCUGCUGAUAUUGUUUGUUAAGUAUUGUGAAAAUGAUCGUAACUGUCACAGUGGCUGUGUUGUGAGUGCAGUGCAAUUUAUUUUUUAUUAAGGAUAUUUUACGAUGUCAUAUAUACAUUGAAGAAAAUGCAGGAAGAAAUAAUAUUAAAAUGGAUAUUAAGCGACGAGUAGAGGGUUCGACGUGGAAUUGGCCACUUUUGGUUUCAGUUGUCUUCUUGAAUGUAUGUUUACCGAGUCUAGUGUAUACUUAUGGAGUAUUACUGGUGAACUUGGCAAAUCUCGGGGUUCCAGUAUGGCUAGGGCUCUCUACACCCACUAUCUCAUUAUUAACAUACAGCUUAACACAAUGCUGGUGCAGAGACGCUGCAGAUUCAUGGGGCGGGACGAUUGGGUACAGAGUCUUGGCAAUUAUGGGGCUAAUGUUCGUUGUACUUAGCUUAUUAUUAUGUGCCUUUUUACCAUACAACUUCCAUCCAUACGUUUUCGGAAUAUUUGGAGGUUUUGGAUCUUCUUUAUUAUCAGCUCAAGUUGACGCAGUCAUAUUUGAUACUUACGAUACUAACUUUGGAACAAUAAGAGGACUAUGCUUUGCUGGACAGGCAAUCGGACAAUCCGUAUUUCCACAUCUUAUAACGUUUCUUAUAGAUUAUUAUGGGUAUUCAUAUUCGUUUAUAGUUCUGAGUGGAAUAAUACUUCAGACAUUACCGGUUGUGAUGCUGUUAAAAAUCGAUGAAACAAUUAAAAAGAGGCCAAUCUCAUAUAUUGAUAAAACUUAUGCCAUUUUCAACAACGACAUAAUCGAAAAUGGUUAUACAAACGAAUUGCAAUUGCAUGAUUUAGGGAAAAAAUCUUGGAAAAGUCCUUCCGACGAUAAUGCACAUCAAGAAGCUAUAGUUUCCGAUCUACAUGCUGAUAUUUCAGAAUAUGAUGAUGAAAAUAAUGCUACUAUAACGCCACCUCCUAGCCCGGAGGAAAAGAGAAGAAAUAUUUUUGGUGUCGAGAUACUUCCAGAAAUACCAGAGGAAAGUGAAGAGAGUGAUGAUAAUGAGUCAAACAUAAAUGAAAAAAAUAAAAACAAAUUAAAUAAAAAGCGAUUAAGUAGUGCUAUAAAAAGACUGAGCGUUUUAGGUGAUAGUUUUGAUGAAUAUAUAUCGAAGCAAGUUAGAAGAGAUUCGCAAGCUGACAGAGAUAGUAUAAGUAGAGAGUAUACAGAAAUAGAAGUAACUUAUGAUAAUAUAUCGCCAGUAACAGAUAUCCAAAGAGAAAAGGUAUUCAAUUCAUUCAAUUUCCGAUGUCAGGCGGCUUAUACUAGUCUUCGAAGAAAAAUGCGAGUGCCAUCAUAUAGGAUAUAUAGGUUAAAACGUAGAAUAAUAUACAUAACAUCCAGUAUAAAUGAUACUUUUAUUAAGCCAUUAACAAGGUCUCUAUCAUGUUGGCGUUUUUAUCUAGCGCUAAUACUGUGUUUUUCUAAAUUAAGUAUAACAGCAAUAUCUUUAGUAUUGAUGCCGGUGGUGGCAUCUCAAAUGAAACCAAAGAUCUCUAUGACAGAUAUCAACAUACUUUAUUCUCUACAUGGUUUCACAUGGUUAUGCUUUCUAUUAUGUACGCCAUGGUUAACACAAACACCAAAGAGAAACUUUAAAUAUGUUACAGUACUUGGUCUAAUUAUUUCAUCCGGAGGAUGCUUCUUGUUAGCAAGAGCCAAAACCUACGAUUUGCUAUCAAUUGGAUGCGUGAUCGGUGGGUUUGGAUUUGGUGCCAUUAGUUCCUGUUGGGAAACUGCUGUUCAAGAUUUUGUAGGGAUGCGUAAAUGGCCGAAAGUAAACAGUACGAUGGAAACCUGUUCUGGCAUCCUAUUAUUUGUCUUUUACUUAGGUAUAUUGUUUUUGGUUGAUGAAGAAGAUGGACUCCAGUGUGCAUUAUUAAUUUUAAGUGCAGUUUUAACUGGAGUAACCUUUAUGUGGACAAUAUUAGCUGUAGUGUCAUUAUAUCUUACUAAAGUGCGAUCUCUAAGGCCCGGAAGACGAUGUAUGUUUUAAUAAAAUUAUUAUAAAUUA